AAGAUUAUAAUUCUUUUGAAUUUAAUGAUUAUUUUUUUGAUCUUGAAAAUAAUACUAAUAGAAUGUCUGAAGAUAAUAUUUCAGAUAUUAAUAGCCAAAUAUUCUAUGAAACUUCAAUUAGU